CCAAUCGUUUAGUUAACCAUCGACUGCACACCGGCGCGUACCGAUCGCCUCUCGCGCGUUUGCGUUCGCUGUUUAACGUUGUGUUACACUACUCUCAAACACUAUCACACACACACCGGAGUGUUUAUGUAUUAUUAUUUUUAUAAAUAUUAUUAUAAUAUCGUAUAGACUCAAUUCCGCAGCUGUGACAUAUUUUAUUUUGAUUUUUUUUUUCGUCGUCUGAAAAAUUUUGAACCGCGACCGUUUUUGCGUUUUAAUUUUCGCUCGCGUAGUACAAGUCUACUCGUAUAUUAUACCCGAAUAGCGGCCAAACAGCACGUCGAAGACGACUGUAUAAUCGUGUAUAUAAAAUCCACGACAGUCACGCGCCAUAUAUACCACUAUCACGACGGCGACGCUUAUCGGCGGUACAGUGCAGUCGUCCGGUCGCAGCAAUACGUCUUUGCUGCGGCAGUGGCCGGCCGGGCUAGCAGCUGCAGUGGCCACCGGCGGUGACGGCAUCGGUAAUAGCAGGACGACAACGACGGCCACCGCGAUGACCGUGCACGAACUGACGGCCGCUUCAGCGGCCGGCACCAUGCCCAUGCACCAUCUCGGCAGAUCCCGAUUCAUGAUCACGGACAUACUGUCCGACAACGGACGCAAUAACGGCGGCGGUUCGCCCGUGUCACCCGCCUCGUCCACGGACGGGCCGAGAGAUCUGUCUCUGCACGGCCGCGCGUCCUCCGGCAGCAACGGCGGAGGCGGUGGCCAGGGAGCGGGGCCCGCUGGCGUUGGCGGAGGGCCGGCCGACUCGGACCUGAGCGACGACCACGAGAGCGGCACUGAUAGCGGACUGCCGGGCGACAACUCGUCCGUUUGCUCGAACGGUCAUAGAGACGAUGACGGCCGGAAUUCCGGUUCAAAUCUCAGCAAGAAACAGAGAAAAGCGAGGACGGCGUUUACGGACCACCAGUUGCAGACGCUCGAAAAGAGUUUUGAGAGACAAAAGUACCUGAGCGUUCAGGACCGCAUGGAAUUGGCGGCUAAGCUCAAUCUGUCCGACACCCAAGUCAAGACUUGGUACCAGAAUAGAAGGACCAAAUGGAAACGUCAGACGGCAGUGGGCCUGGAACUGUUGGCCGAGGCGGGCAACUACGCGGCGUUCCAGCGGCUGUACGGCGGACCGCCGUACGGAUGCUGGCCUUACCCGGCUGGCGCUGCGGGGGGUGCGGGUGGCGUCUCCGGCGGGGGCGGCGUAUCGGGCGCGGGCGGCGCACCGUCCGCCGCCGACCUGUACUACCGGCAGGCGGCCGUGGCCGCGGCUGCAGUGUCCACGCUCCAGAAGCCACUGGCCUACAGGCUGUAUCCCGGCAUGGCGAGCGGCCCUGGAGCCGCGGGCUCCGGUGCCGGCGCGUCCGGCCACCAUCACCAUCACCACCAAAUACCGCCACCGCCGGUGCCACUCGCCCAUCCGAUGUACUACGGCGGCGUCCACCAUCCGGCCACCAUGCAGCCGAUGCUCGGCCGCAGCCCGACACCCGAACCACCCGGCCGGUCGUCCCGAGGCUCGCCCAGAUCGACGGUGGACAGCCGACCCGGUUCGGUGGACGUCGAAGACGACGGGUCCGACUCGCCCAAUGUGGACGUUUAAGCGACGACCGCGGCGCGCUGGCCCACCGCGUGCCAUAAUAUGAUAUACCGUCAUCGCACGCGCACGUGACUCUAUAAUAUUAUUAUAGUCUGUCACUCGUUGUCGUGUUUAAGUUCAGCUGCAGUGUGCGCGCGUGUCUACAAUAAUAUUCUUGUAUAUACAUGAGGCACUGUAAAAUGCACCCUCAAACACAUACACCCACCUAGUCGUCGUUUACUCUCUUUAUUAUUAUAUAUUAUUAUUAUUAUUAUGAUUAAUUAUUAAUUAUUAUUAUUUGUAUAUGUAUAGUAUAUAUUAUAUUUUGCGUUCCGUACCGACCCUGACGCGAAAAAAUGUUUUUUUUUUUUUUUACUUAACUUCUUAACAUAUAAUUAUUAUAAAAUGAGAAAUUAUUACUAUGGCAAAAUGUACUACGUUUUAAUACUAUUAUAUAAUAAUAAUUGAUAUUAUUAUAUAUUUUCGUAAGAAAACCUUGUACACAGAACAAUUUUAACUCAUAUUAUAAAUUAUAUUCCCCUAAAGUACAAAUAUUUUAUUUUUAAUUUAUUCGUAGUUAAACCGUACGUCAUAUAAUAUACAAUAUUAUAUUAUAUUGGUAAAACACGUUUUUCAAAAAAAUAUCCGAAUUUGUUCGUUAAACACACAUGUAGGUAUUUGUUAUUAAUAUUAUAAUUAUGAACUCGUACCGAAGAUUUUGUUAUGCAUUUGUUCAAAUUUUUUUUUAAAUUUAAUUUCGUUUCAAUCAAAAUAUGCCGGUAAGCCAGAGACUUUAACGUUCGUCAACCAUCCGAUUACUCGUGAGUGAAACAAUAUAUCACUAUAAAACAUGAGUACAACAUAAUAUUAUUACCUAUCUUGUUUAUUAACAUACAUAAUACACAUAUUAUAUUGUAUACUUGUAUGUCUAUAUACUUUUGUUUUUAGAUAUGUUUUUCAUAAUUUUGCUUACCACGAUUGUUUCUUAUCUUUAUUAUAUAUUAUUAUUAUUAUUAUUACUGUAAAUAUUACUUAGGUAUGUAUUACGACAAUUAGAUACCAAUAUUGUAUAUAUUAUAGAUACAGUGUAAGUGAUAAGUAUCAAUAAUUUAUUUUGGAUGUAUAUUAUGAUAUAGUGAGUAAGUAAGUAAAUAUAAAUAAUUAUAUUAUACGAAGUCGUGCAAUGUAAUAAUAACAAUAUUAGACUAUACGUAUAUUCUACCAUAGUAUACCUUUAUAUAUAGACAUUUUAUUAGUUAUAAUCAUAACAUAAUAAUUGUAUGUACUUGAAUGUUGUCGUCAGGCUUGGUAUAUAAUAUAACCGUAUAUUUUGUGUGACGUAUAUAAUAUGCAUAUUGAUAUACGAUAUUUGUCAUGUAAUCGUCGAGUGUAGAGAAUAUGAUCGUGCCAAAACAAAAAUAAUAAAAAAUAGUGUGUUAAAAAAACAAAUGAACAAAAUAGGGAAAAAAAUACCAAGACUCUUUUUUUAUUUAUGUUACACUAUAAUAAUUAUAUACAUACCUAAUAUUUAGGAAUCGUAUAUAUUGUAAACAAUAAUUAUAUUCAAUUAUAUUAUAUAAUAUAUAUAUAUAUAUAUAUAAAGGCGCUGAUGUAUACGCCGAUUGCGCGUCGCCGUACGAUGGUUUUCCGUGUAAAUAAUACCUAUCAUUCUUGUUACAUGUAAAAAUAUAAUAAAUAAAUUAACAUUAUUGUUUAGAGUUUAA